AUGACUGUAACUGAAUCCACUGCCGCAACUGCCGGAUUGCGGGCAGCGGCGGAUGAGGCGGUGACGCGGGCGUGGGUGGGGGGGCUGCGAGUGCUGGUGGUGGACGACACGCCCGUCAACCUCCUCGUGGCCCGCCGCUCCCUCGCCCGCUGGGGGGCGCUUGUGACCACCGCCAACCAUGGGCAACAAGCAGUGGACUUAAUCGCUGCUGGCUUGCAGGAGUGCUCCCUUUCCCGCUGGGGGGCGCUUGUUACCACCGCCCCUUCCGGCCAACAAGCUCUAGAGUUGAUCGCUGCCGGUGUGGAGGAAGAGAGAGACUGCUGGGGUGCCCAUGCCACCACCGCCUUCAGAGGGGAGGAGGCAGUUGAGUUGAUAACUGCUGGGGUGGCGGAGGGUAGAGGGCAGGAGGCGGGGAGAAGAGAGAAGGAAGGGAGAGGAUGGCAGGAAGAGAGAGGGGAGGGAGCGAGUGCGAUGGUUUUGGAAGGGGUGCUGGAAGCAAGAGGGGUGGUUGGUGAAGUAGCGAGAGCAGGAGCCGGGGGGCCUGAGGUGCUAGUUGAGUGUACAGGAAGGGGGCUAGCGGCUGGGAUGGCCGGGAGCAGAGCGUAUGGGACGUCGGAUAGUAGGGAUGGGGCAAUGGUAGCGAGUGAAAGAGGAGGGGAGGAGAGAGGAGUGGAUGGUAGAGGCGUUGAUGGAAGAGGGGAGGAUGAGAGAGGUGGGGGUGCGUCAUGGUUGCAGCAUGGCUUUGACUUGGUUCUCAUGGACCUGCAGAUGCCGGGCAUGGACGGGUUUGCAGUGGCAGAGGCGAUUCGAGCUCUUGAGAGGAAGACUGUGUUGGGGAGAGCAACAGAGGCCCAACUGAUGACAGAUGUGGGAACAGCAGCACAUGCUGCUGCUGCUGCUGCUGCAGGGCCUGCAACAGUUGCAGUCGCUUCAGAGGUGGAGUCAAGGCACGGAGAUGUGGGGAGUAGAGAGGAACAGAGAGGCAGAUCCGAGGCUGCAGAAGGGGGAGCAGCAUCGCUGGGGGAGAUUCACAGGCGGGGUGUGAGUUGGGGAGGUGACUGGGAUGGACGUGUGGGGGAGAGAGGGGGCAGGGGAGAGAGAUUUUUGCGGUUGCAAAUGGGAGGAGAAGGGCGAAACGAGGGUGCUUCAGGGGCUGCUUCGUCUGCUCUGCAUGUUCUUCCCCAAAAAGCCUCCAACCCUGCUGCAGCCGUUGCCGGAGCCCCUACUGGUGCUAGUGCUGGUGAUGGUGCUGCUGCUUCUGCCGCUGCCACUGCUGCUGCUGGUGGUGCUGCUGCUGGUGGGUGGGCCAUGUCUCUGCGGGUGCCCAUAGUGGCUCUGACAGCAGAUGUGGAUCGCGGAGUGGUGCAGAGGUGUGCAGAGGGGGGGUUUGACGGUGUGCUGCAGAAACCAGUGGAUGCCCACCUGCUCGCCGCCCACCUCUCCCAAAUAAGCUUCCAGAGGUCACUACGGCGGUAG